CGGAACACGCGCUGACUUGACUUGCUCGUGUGAGUGUGUGUGGUGUUGCUCCUCGAGGAGGUGCAUCAUGUCCAGUCUGGAGCUCCUUCGCGUGCUUGUUGGUGAGCGGCUCUCUGCGGCCGCCGACGACAUUGUGGAGGCGGUGAGACAAACUCUGGCGAGCUACGAGGAAGAGAUUAUUCUGUCCAAACGGGCGCUGUGCCGCCAGCGAACUCUGCUGCAGGCGGUUCUACAACCGGAAGUCAAAGUCAACAAAGUCUCAGACCAGCCGCAGCUGACUCUGUCCGUCUGGGAGGAGGACUUCCAGUCAGAACAGAAGCCUCCACAGCCUGAAAGGAGUCAGGAGGAGCCGUGCAGCAGUCAUGUGGAGGAGGACAGCACCCCGAGAUUCAUGUUCACAACUCAAGAAUCCAGUUACCAGAGCGACGACGUCGGGACAGAAGAUCCUCUGACGGACAGUUCAGCCAAGCAGAGUCAAGCAAAUACUGAGGAGGAGAGGAAUCGAAACGAUGUCUGUGAGAUGGAGGAGCAGAGAGAAGCAAAUGAUGACGAUGAGAAUGAGGAGCAGGGAAAUCUAAACGACGACAAUGAGGAGGAGGAGAAGACUUCUUUGAGGUUUUCUCCAGUGGACUGUGUUGACAGUGAGGAGGAGUGGAGGGGCAGCGAGGAGUCCCCGACCGAUGAGAGUGACAGCAAUGACGAAUGGAAAAAACACAAGACCUCGUCUUUACCAGUGGCUCAAAAACCGUGUGCAGCUAAAAAGUUGAAAACCUCAAUUUGUUGUAAAGUCUGCGGGAAAAAUUUUCACGCCAACACUGCUUUAGUGAACCACAUGAUCGUCCACUCCAAGGAUGUCUGUGGUGUUUGUGGGGAAAAUUUCCCAACGGAGGAGAGCUUUGAAAGCCACGUGAAAACGCACGUGAAAGCAGAGAUUUGCAGCUUUUGUGGUAAAUGUUUUGUGGGCCCCCGAGCUCUGUCCAUGCACGUGAGGAUCCACACGGGUGAAAAACCCUUCAGCUGCAGAGUUUGUAAAAAAUCCUUCAGUUUUCACCACAACAUGGUGCGACACGAGAGGGUGCACACGGGGGAGAAGCCGUACGAGUGCAUCAUCUGCAGCAGAUGCUUCAGUGAUUGUAGCACGCUUAAACGCCACAUGCAUACUCACACGGGCGCCGCCAAACCCGAGCACGGACACGGCAGCAGCACGCAGGAGUUGACCACAAAUCCCUCUCUUCCCAAAAAGCAGGUGCUCCGGACCAUAUGCGACGUGUGUGGGAAAAUGUGCGGUAGCGUUGUGUCACUGGUAAAUCAUGUCAAAUGCCACUCCACAGACCUCUGCGGCGUUUGCGGAAUGCGUUUCGAUUCAGAAGAAAACCUAAAACGUCACCUGAAAACUCACAAACGUGGCAAAGUUUGCGACAUUUGUGGCAAGUGUUUUGACAGCAGAGCAAACCUGGAAAUACACAUGCGGAUCCACACGGGGGAGAAACCGUUCCUGUGCUCCAACUGCGGGAAAUCCUUCACCUGCCGACACAAUAUGCUGCGCCAUGUGAGAAUCCACACCGGAGAGAAACCCUACUGUUGUAAGACGUGUGGUCGCAAGUUCAGGGACCAGUCGGCUCUGAGGUAUCACUCCAUAAAGCACACCGGGACCAAGCCGCACCGGUGCCAGGUGUGCUGGAAAACCUUCUACCGCAAGGCAGAUGUCAGGAUUCACAUGAAGAAACACGCCACAGAGAAGCAACUCUGAAGCAGAUUUUAUUUUACAAAAUUUUUUGCACCCUAAAAGAUGUGAAUUUCACUUUUCAGUAUCACACAGCUAUUUUUUCAAAUCAGUUCUAUUUUAUGUAGCUUUAAAGCUGUUUUUCCUAAGAGAAUGAUCUCUUUUAGCUUUUCCUAGAAUGUUGUUCGUUUGGACCUAAACCCAGUUCUCAAAUACAGCAACCAAAGAGGAUGUGGAUUCACUUGUCAUGAUGUUGGUUUGGAAGAGAAAUGACUUCAAAAUGAACGUGGUUUUUAUGACCCUGGAAGGUUGGUUCUAAUAUGGACCACAAUUAGAGGUGGAGCCAUAACAUUUGAAAGCAAA